UUCGCUGAUAAUUGUCAAAAGUCUAGUGAUAGUUCGAGUUGCAUGUUGUGUUGUGUCAUAACAAAACUAAUUUAAAAAAAUGUCAUCAAGAGUAUUGAGAAAAUUACAAGCAGAAAAAGAACUGGUAGAAGAAAUAUCAGAUACGGAAACAGAUACUCCUGUAGGUGGUACAAGAAAAAAGCAGCUGAAUAUAAAUCGUUAUGAUUUGCUCAAUCAGCAGUCUUAUUCUGAAAGCGAAGUAAAAGAAGAUGAUAAUGAAACAGAGGCACCUAUGGAUGUUGUAGAAGUCAAUCAGGAGUUGAAGAGAAAAAAGAAAAAAAAGAAGAAGAAAGGUAAAUACGUGAACACACAAAGAAGUAGUGAAGAAAAUCCUGAUAUUGAUGAAGUGGAACGAUCAGUUCGAGAAGUUAACAAACUUUUAGGAGAAACUUACGAUCCAAAUGUGUCGGCAGUAGCAACUUCACAAAAAUUUGAAAAAAUUAAUUUGAAGGGAGUCUUACAUGUGCAACAUAAACACCUCAAUGCUAAUAAUGAACUCAAGAGAAUAUUUGGUUCAAGAAUUAUCCAAACAGAACAGAAAAGAAAAAACAGAGGAAGUAGAACAUACACAAAAGCAGUAUGGAUGUCUAAUUGUAAAGAAAACUGGCCUCAAGUAGGCAAAUCAGGAAUUUCAAUGAAUCUUCUUGAAACCAAAGAUGGGGUCCAAUACUUUGCUUAUGAACAUAGCCAUAGUUACAUGAUGAUACAACACAGAUUUCUAGAUGCUGUAGAAAGUUUAAAUCCUAAUAAUAUUGUAGCUAUAAUCAAUGAAUACCCCUACCAUAUAGAUGCCCUUAUUCAGUUAUCUGAUCUGUGUAAACUGAGUGAAGAUUUUGCCAUGGCAGCUGAGCUUAUAGAGAGAGCAUUAUAUUGCUUAGAGAGUGCAUUUCACCCCCUUUUCAACGUUUCACAAGGCAAUUGUAGGUUGGAAUACAGGAGGCAAGAGAACAGGGCUUUGUACAUAACAGCAUUCAAACACAUGAUGUUUGUGGGUGCAAGGGCGUGUUGUAGAACGUCCCUGGAAUUCUGCAAACUGAUACUUUCGAUGGACCCAGAAAAUGAUCCACUGGCCAUUAUUUUAGCGAUGGAUUUUUAUGCCCUACGUGCAAAGGAGUACAAUUGGCUGAAAGACUUCGUGGCCGAGUGGGAGGGCAGCAAGAACCUGUCUCAGUUGCCCAACUUUGCCUUCUCCAUUGCUGUUGCACAUUUUUACACAUGUAACGGGGACACGAAAAAGGCGGAUAGUUUAUUGCAGGACGCUCUCAUCAUGUUUCCGGGAGUGCUGAAACCCCUAUUGGAGAAAUGCUCCAUACAGCCGGACAGUCGAGUGGCCAGUCAUGAUUUCUUUUCUAGGGAAAAUAAAGAAAUACAUAGGUAUUUUUUUAAAUUUAGAGGGGAUCCGCCAAAUCUUCAGCAGCUCAUCAGUCUGUAUGUACAUAGAAGUUUCCACAUAUGGAAAGAUAGCGAUUUGCUGCCGUGGUUGGAAAAAAACGUUCAGGAGGUCUUGGAUAGAGUGGAUGCUCAGGAGGAAUUCGUUCAAGAAUGUGAAGAGAAGCGAUCGAAAAGAUAUCAAGGCCCUUUGCCCAUCAAUGUUGCCAGACAUAUUAUAUUGUCGGAUUUCAAAGGUCUUUCUCCAAUAACGGAGGAGAGCAACAGUCACUUCAUGAGCUUCGACCCCUUGCCUCCAAAAGACUCGAUAAACAUAUAUAGCAAGCCCAAAAAAUUAAUUUCCCCCAACCAGGCGUCCAAUCCGAUGGUCGUUUUUGUGAGGUCGAUAUUUCCGAAUUUCAAUCCAACGGCCACGGAGCAAAAUGGGGAUGAAGCCGCAGGGGCUGUUGCCCUGCCUGCUGAGAACGCGGAGGAGAAUAACGGUAUCGAUGGUGAGUUUAGAAGAACUGUAGCAACUAUGUUAAGUGCGAUGAGGUAUCUGUUGAACAAUAUAAGGCCGGAGGCCGAUGCUGAUGUAGAUGAAAAUGACGAGACAGAUGAGGAUUAUUUAACAGACAACAUGUAAAAUAAAUAUUUAUCAUAUGGUAUAUUCAUUGUUGAUGUAUAUUGGUUAUCUCAUUCUUAUAAAAAGUGAUUGAAUAAAAUAUUAGUCAUCGUUGAAUGACUA